GCUGGCGGCUUGUCGAGGGGCGGAGGGGGGGGGUGCCGCCCCCGGACGCAGUCGGGGGAGAAAUGGCGUCGUCGUCGGGUUUGGGUGGGCAUCAACACUCCCAGUCCUGGCAGUUGAGGACCGCCGCGCCAUUGACGCAGCUCAACCGCAGCCUGGACAGGGUGCUGGAGGAGGCUGUGCACUCCGGGAUCCUCAACCUCAGCGGCCGCAAGCUGAAGGAGUUCCCGGCGGUGAGCUACGAUUUGACAGAUACAGUGCAGGCAGAUCUCUCAAAGAACAGAUUAAUUGAACUUCCACAAGAAGUUUGCUUGUUUGCGCCAUUGGAGACAUUACAUUUGUAUCACAAUUGCAUCAAAUGCAUUCCAGAAGCUGUUGUUAAUCUGCAAAUGUUAACUUUCUUAAAUAUUAGUCGAAAUCUUCUAUCAACAUUGCCAAAAUAUUUAUUUAAUCUUCCACUUAAAGUUUUAGUUGUAAGCAACAAUAAGUUAGUAUCCCUUCCAGAAGAAAUUGGAAAGCUUAAAGACCUAAUGGAAUUGGAUGUUAGUUGUAAUGAAAUUCAAAUCCUCCCUCAUCAAAUAGAAAAACUUCAGUCGCUCAGAGAAUUAAAUAUACGCAGGAACCACCUGCAGGUGUUACCUGAGGAAUUGGCAGAACUUCCUCUGGUAAAAUUAGACUUUUCCUGCAAUAAGGUCUCAGAAAUACCCAUCUGUUUUAGAAAAUUGCGAUACCUUCAGGUUAUAAUAUUAGAUAACAACCCAAUGCAGUCACCUCCAGCACAGAUUUGUCUAAAAGGUAAAGUGCACAUAUUCAAAUUCCUGAAUAUGCAAUCAUGCCGGAUAGACAAAAAGCCGGAUUCUCUGGACCUCCCUUCUUUGGAUAAGAGAGCACUUCCUCAACCUCUUACAGACAGCAUGGAAGACUUUUAUCCAGUGAAAAACCACGGUCCUGACUCUGGUAUUGGUAGUGAUAAUGGUGAUAAGCGGUUGUCUACAACUGAACCCUCAGAUGAUGAUACAAUUAGCCUACAUUCUCAGGUAUCUGAAAUAACCAAGGAUUUGCCUCUAAAAUCAGACAAUCAUUUAGUUGGGGACAAACCCAAUUCUCUCAAAACCUCAUUGGAUCAAGAGCAUUUAGACUUGAUUGAUAAUGCAAAUGAGGAGGAGACACCACCAUCUGAAGCUGGAGAUGUUCAUCGAAUUCCUCCAUUUGUUACUUAUUUAAAAGAACGAGGAAAGUUGCCUGAAAAAUCACAGCUUGCAAAAGAUAAUAACUGGGGAGAUGAACCACGGCCUUCAAGGGAUUUGCAGACAAUGAUUCGAGAUGAGGAUGAGUUGAAGGAAGUGACUGAUUUGCGUAAAAUAGCUGCUCAAUUAUUGCAGCAAGAGCCACAAAACAGACGGAGACCAUUAACAUUUAAAGCAACAUUCAAUGAAAACUUUGUCCAGAGAAGAAAGGCAGCAGGACCAGGAUCAAGACUUUUUGCUCAGUCCUGUUCAGUAAGUGCAAGAGAAAGAAAGAAAAAAACUUUGGAGUCUGAGAGGUCAGCAGAUAAAGCAACAUCACCAGGAUCACCAUACAGAUGUCGUUCUAUGGGUCUUUCUGGUGAAGUUGAGAAGAAACUGGAGGUAACCAGUACAGAUCAGAAAUACACUGAGGCACAGCAGCAUGCAAAAUGGCGUCAUGAAGAAAGGCGGCAUAUUAAACAAAUGAGAAAAGAUCAUAUGAAGCUAAAAUCUUCAAAGAAAAACAAAGGGGAAUUUGAAUAUGAAAAUGAAUCUGAUAAUGAAACUACACAUGUGCCUUCAUCUUCUGUUCAAAUCAUAAAUUCAUUUCCUUCUGCCCAGGCAACAUCCAGUGUAUCAUAUGAGGAGGAUGAUCGUUCCACUCAACCCUCAUCAGUACCUUUUGGUCUCAAGCCUAGAUCAGCAUUUACACGUCCAUCACGUCAGGAACUUGGAGCAGUUGACCCAGGUUUUACUAUCAGAAGAAAGAUGGAACACCUAAGAGAAGAAUUAGAACAAAUUAGGCAGCUUAAACAGAACCUUGAAUUAAGAUUAAAGGUUAUUUUACCAGAAGAUGUAGGUGCAGCAUUAAUGGAUGGGGUGGUACUUUGUCAUCUUGCCAAUCAUAUUCGGCCACGAUCAGUGGCGAGCAUCCACGUCCCAUCACCAGCAGUGCCUAAACUGAGUAUGGCAAAGUGCAGAAGGAAUGUUGAAAAUUUUCUCGAAGCUUGCAGAAAAUUGGGGGUUCCAGAGGAUAAACUUUGUCUUCCUCAUCAUAUAUUGGAAGAAAGGGGACUGGUGAAAGUGGGUUCUACAGUGCAAGCUCUACUUGAACUACCUACAUCUAAACACACGCAAUUAUCUGCUGUGUAAUUAACAUUCUUGGUUGACAGUCAAGGUUAAAAUAAGUUAUUGUAUUUGUUGAAAUAAUAGUUAAGCCAUUUUCUUUUAAAAUCCAAUGCAAAAGCUCUCACUACUUAAGCCAGCAGUUGGAUUAAAUAUCCAUGUUUAUCUGUUUUGUCAGGUACUGUAUUUACAUCCAGCAAGCCACACCUGCCAUGCUACAAAGUUCAGAAUAAGAUGUUUUGUCAUUUUCCUGAUCUCUGUCAUCAGAUAGGAAGCUUCUUCUAUCUAGGUUUAAGAGGAAAAAUCAUUCUCACAACAUUGUUUAAUUAUUCAUAGUAUUCAGGCUAUUUCCCCCUCCCACUAGCUCGACAAACUUUCAUUUCUAAUCAAACUUAUCCUUGUGUUAACACGAGAAAAGAUUUUCAAUGCUUUAACGAUCUUUUGGUUUUUGUAUAAUGACUUUUUUUUAUAGCUGUGUUAUGUUUGUGACUUCAGUUUAGGUUUAAGAGUUGGUCAGUAAAUUUUACUUUAAUUGGUGCCCACUAGUGCCAUUGUUUUCUCAGGGCUAUUAGCUUUUCUAUGUCGGAUUCAACAACUGGUUCAUACUUUUUUUUAUAUAUUGUGUGCCAUUGAGCCUUUUUAAAAUAUAAGACCUCCAUGACUGUUCCUGUUAGCUCAGACUACUUGAAUUUUUGAAGUAUGCCAGAUUUGUGAGAGACUAGAAUAAAAACAGAAAAUGCUGGAAAUACUCAAAAGGAUCUGACAGCCACUGUGAAGUCAAACCAAGUCAACCUUUUGGGUCUGUAACCUGUUACCUGAUGAUGCUUGACUUGAGUAUUUCCAGAACUUUGUUUUAUUUCAGACUUCCACCAUCCGCAAUAUUUUAUCUUUACUGAAAUGAUGUAGGACUUACUAAUGGCACAAAAAGAAGUUGGAAAUGAAGCCUUUCAGGCUUCUGUAAUGUCUUUACAUAAGACAUUUACUGUAUUUCAUUUAAUAUUGAAAAGAAUCAAAAAGCAGUUUAAUAAAACUAACUUUAAAUCAGUUUUGUAGGAGGAGUUGUACGAGCCAAAAUUAUUUGUUGCCUGCUUUGGAUGUUCAAGCAAAGUCUUUACUGUGCUAAUUUCUACGAAAGCAGGAUAUUGAGCAAAGGGACCUUACAUUGUAUCUGACAGCAGUGUCUGUUAGUGUGAGACUUAAUAUUAAUGUUAGAUGAGUGCCAUUCAGUGAGUUGUAACACAGUCUUGAGUAGGCCUUGAGCAGUAAACAUGCUUCAGUACUGACUGGCUGUAAAAGACAUCUGUCAAAAGUCCCCACUUUCACAUCCAGAGUAAUUUCUGAUUCCAACCUGUAGAAAAUCUUUCUAUCGAUAACUUCACAACCUUUCUCUGAGAAGAAAAUAUCAUGUAGUUGAUGUGUAUAGAAUGUGGGCUUACAUAUGGGCGGGUCAUAAGACUGAUUUAUGUUUUUCUCAUAUUUGGGUUUCAUGUCACUAAGCAAAAGCUCAUGUUCUUUGUUUUGGAGAACCUCUGUAUUUACUAGCCUCUUCAUGCUGAUCUGCACAGUGGUGGCUACUCAUUCACCGUUCAUUGAAAACUCCCCUUCACUGAAUCUUUCAUCUGCUCCUAAUGUGGCAAAGUUUAGGGUCUGGCCUUCCCCUGUGAACAAAGACUGUUCAGUAUCUCUUUCUAUCUAUCAAGCUUUUGUAUGUCUCACUUUUCACUUUGUCUUAUGAUUCUUCACCAACACCUUGGUCAUGUGUGCAUCAGACUUAAAGCUGUUACUAGAUCCAAAUGCUUCUUAACGAGACUUCGGCCAAAAACCUAAGGCCCAAGCUAAACUAACUAGGAGUCACCAGGACUGGGAGAAAAUCCAAAAGGUGCCGGUGUUUUCUUUGAAUACUAAUGGGGACUAAAUACAUUUAAAGUAUGAAAAUGCUAGUUUGGAAAAAUAAUACUUUAUACCAUUAUCCAUUAUUAAAUUGUCCUCCUAACUAAUACGUCCAUCAAUCAUGGAAAAUAAAUUGCUGAGAAGAUGCUCACUUCCUAGCUGCCUAGUGUUUCCAGAUUUUAGAGACCGACUCUAAUAUGUGGCUGAAAACUAGUUGACUAUUGAUUCAUCUUGCAAAAUUUAUUUUUAAAAGACUUUUUUUUGAAAAUGUUUUCAUUUUUGUGUUGUUACUUGUGUUCAAUUGAAAGUGCACUAUUUUGGCUUCACACUUCCCCAUUACCUUUCACCUUUCCACAUAAUCUGACCAUGACCCUCUGUAAAUUUAUGCUCCUAUCUACACAAUGUACUGUGCCUCAACUUUAGUGUUGUCUCCACAUUGAGGUAUGCAACUUUGUUCCUUCUUCCCAAAAAAAAGUUUACGAGUAGACUUUUGGGAAAUCUUGCAUCCUUACUUUGCCUCUUACUUUCCAAGCAAUUACCAAAUGAUUGGGAACAUGCCAAUGUUAGCCACAAUUAUCCAAAAUGUGGAAGGGUUGCACUGUGAGGGUCAUCAUGAAUUCUUAAUUUGAAGAUUUAUUGUCUAAAGAUUUUAAUUCACUGAUAAGAUCUCUAGAAAUGAAGUAUUUUCAUUAUGUUGGUCAACUUUCUAUACAAAGCAAGUGCAAUCCCAGUUUCCAUUUUAAACUACUGUUACAUAUUUAACAAAGUUAUAUCUUAAAGGUUAAUAGUUGGCUAAUGGGUAUUAAUCUGGCAUUAGAAACCAGAUAGCGCUGUUGCACAUUCCUGAUCAUUCAGAGGGCUACAAAUAACUGCCAGAUGCCAAGUUUUUAAAUAGUUUCAAACUUGAAACUGUAUAUGUUCUGCAAAAACUGUUAGCAGCAGGAAUGUAGCUUGUACUGCAUUACUUGGUACAACAUUAUAUUCCUCAGGAUACCAGGACCAAGGAACUAAACUAUUGCUGCAUUUUCUAUUUCAGAACUAUGGGCUGAUUUGAUUAAUUUCUUCAGAAAGAAAAAUACUUGCUUCUUCCUCCAAAUAUCUAGCUAAACAUCUAAGCCUAGAGACAUUUUUGUUGAUAUAAAAUGACAUAAAUGAAGGUUCAAAGAAAUACUUUAAGGAUAAAUCAGUAACUAGCAUGCAGUAUUGAGAUGUCAGUGCAGUAUGGAGUGUUUGCCAGGAAUGUGAAUCAAUGAAGGUUACAUUUAUUGCUCAUUCCAAAUUAGCCUGUAAAGGUGGUGGUUUGGGAUUUUGUGUUUGAACUGUAUUAAUCCUUAUUGUGAUGGCCCCGCAUAGGGAAUUCCAUGACAUUGACUUGUUGACAAUGAAGAGGAUGUGACAUGUCCAAGUAAAGAUGACGCAAUGUGGUAAUGGUAUUUGCAUUAAAGUGCUAGUCUUGAUAGUAGAGGUUAUAGAGUUUGAAAAGGUGAACUUGGGGAAUUGCGUCAAUGUAUUUUGUCGAUGGUGUGUCAUGCAGGCACAAUAUGCAGAUGGUGUGUAUUGUAUUCAAUGACAGGGAAUAUGUCAAAGCAGACUGCUUUGUCCUUUAUGGAGUUUAUUUUGUAGCAGCUCUCAUCUAAGGACAUGUACUGUAUUAUGUUGUGCUCCUCAUUGAAGCUUUUGCUGGAGUGGUCAGGUGGUGAGCCAUCAGUUACUGAUUGCAGAAAACCAAUUGUUUGCCCUAUGCUUGUACUUUGGGAAUUGGAGAUCACCAAGGUUUGUCGGUACUUAACAAGACUUUUCUCUUGAUUGUUAAAAAUCACACAACACCAGGUUAUAGUUCAGCAGGUUUAUUUGGAAGUACUAGCUUUCAGACUGCUGCUGCUUCGUCAGGUAGCUAGCUUUCUAUGGAACUUACAGUAAUUAGAUUUUGGUCGCUACACCAUAACUCACCACAAAAUCUGGGCAACUCUGCUGGGAAUUUUGUCUGGUUUUCUCUUUCAAGAUUUGUAACAGAAGUUGUGUUUGGGUCUUUAUCUUGGGUUGUUACUGGAAAGUUGUCCUUUUACUUUAAAAGAACCAUUUGUACUGCCCAUUAAAUUGAAGACCACUGCCAGAAUGUGGAGGAAAGAAAUUAAAAAGUUUAAAUUUUUGUCAUUAUAUUGGAAAUGCUUAUUGAAAGAUUAGAUAGAAAAUCGUGCGUUAGCUUAUGUAAGACAAGACAAAACAAAAAAAGAAGAGGAGAAAGAUAAAAGGGACAGUAAUAAAAGUCCAUUGUAUUUGUAUUUUUAACCACAACUGUUAAAAUGCAGCACAGAAAAUAGUUGUUAAUAAUUUGAAUGCCUUUUGUAGUAUUAAUGUAGUAUCAAUUGAAAACAUACAAAACCAUUUAGCACAAGAAGAUUAGGAUUUCCUUCAGUCUGUGGUUAUGAGAUGCUUUGAUCAAGACGUUAAAGUUAUUGUAGACUAAAUGCAGAUGCAUCAUCAAAUUCUGUCAUCAUAACUUGAAUAGAAAAAUCAUUAGAAGAAUUCCCAUCAGCUUCUAUUGACAAUUAAACAAGUGACUAUUAUGUUCAAGAAAUGCUAAAAGCAAUAGUAGUAACUUUAUCGCCGAAAGUUGACACCUUGAUGCAAUCAAAUGUAACUUGAUGAAAAUGAAAUGCAUUUAACUACUGUACAAUGUUCAGUUUUAGUUCAGUGCAUCCUUUGUUUGCCAAAAGAAAAUAUAUUGUUUUGCAAAUAGAAGUAAAUACAGCACACAGAUAUUGAAGCUGGCUGAUUUUAUCAAUGGAACUUUUCAUAAAUUUUAUUUGUAUAAUUUUUAAAAUUGUGCUUUGGAUUUUUUUAAGCUUAAACUUGUAAUUCCAACUAUUUAAUUUGCUAUAUGAUUUUGUUUACACAUUUUAGUAUAAAGUUUUGAUUAAGUCUUUUUAACUCUUCAGGAAAUAUAAAUUUUAAUUUAUUUCAUUUUAAAGUCUUUUUUAGAUGAAAUUACAUUAUACUUCAGAAUGCAACAAAAAUUGCUUAGAUUUGCAGAAAAUUUACAAAUUAAAUUUAUUUCAAAUAGACAAUGAAUAACAUUUGUGAAUGCUUGUUAUUGGUUAGCAAUACACAACUUAGGCCUUGUAUUUGCAGAUUUUUUUGAACAACUCUCUAUUGUACAGUAUUUUGUUUGGAAGUUUCACUUAUUGGAAGGAGAACUACAUAAGCAUAUUAUUGAGACUGAAAAUACAGCAAUAUUUCAGGAAUCAUAUUUGAAUUGAAGCAAAGUUAGCUCUCUUGAAGAAGAGACUUGCUGUUCAUAGACAAAUUAGGCCCAUCUUUCAUCUCUGCUCUAAAUGUGUGCACUAAAUGAUAUAACGCCUCCUUCCACAAAUUCUACUGUCAAAACUCUUGGUGAACAAGUAAAACAUUUUUACUGCUGUGCUCAAAACAACUACAGUCACUUUACAUCUCCCAGUAUGACUUUUUGUUUACAUUCCAGAAAUGCACUGUCAACAUGACUUAAACUAUUGACGCAAACUGAUAUUGGGUGUUAAGUCCAGCCUUGAAAUUAUUUAGCAUCAAAUAUUGAAUAUGUGGAACACUUGUGGUAUAAUGGUAAUACAUCUGAAACAGGAGCCCUGGGUUCAAAUCCUACCUGCUUCAGCGUGUGGUAACACCUCUUAACAAGUUGAUUUCAAAAUAAAAAUAUCAACUUUGAAAGUAGGGGUCAGGGAUGAGUCAAGAUGAAGGGUAUGUAAUUCAUAAAGCUUUGUGUUGUCAAAAUGGAAUCCAAUUAUGGGUAAGAUCUAUUUCACAAAAUAGCAUGGACUUUAUAUUAAUUUUUAAUAAAAUUUUGAAGUUUACAGAUUGUGAAAUAACUGCAGAAGGAUCUCUAAUUUAGUAAUGAUUUUUCUUUUUACCAUUCAUGCACCUAUAAACAUAUUUUCCUGUAUAAAUACCUGAUUUUGUGAAAACAGUGGAGUAUCAUUUGAAUAAUGAACUUAUUUGUUACAAGAAGCAUUUCACUGAGCCUGGAGCACUUUUGUGACUAUUUCAUACAUAAUUAGGGAACAAAGUUUUGCACAAAUAAUAAACUGGAUUUGUAGUACCAUUAAAUUUAAGGUCAACUUUUUUCUUUGUAAUUAAUCCUGUUUCAAAAUUUUUUUUUAGAACAGAGGACCUCACCAACUUUCAAAACAAAAUAAAAAUGUUGCUUGUAACAGGUUUUCAAUGUUCAUAAUUACAAUUAUGGAUAACAAAAUAGUUUUAAUCAAGAUCACAGUUGUAUUGACCGAAGUUCCAACUGAGAAAAUAUGGCAGUAGGGUAAAUGAGGCAAAGUGACGCACCAAACUCUAAGGUUCUGUUAUGCACUUCCAUGAUCAUAUAGAAAUAUUGACUCAUUUGUCAGUUUGCCCUAUGAUUAUCUUACUAGAUGUACAUAUAAAUUAAAUGUUUAUGAAAUGUUUACAAACAAAAUUAAUUUAUUGAGAAUACCAGAGGAAAACUUGUUAUUUGCAACUAAAAACAGAUUCUGAGCAAUUGAAAAUUCAGUAAUGGCAUUUCAGCAGCAGUUAUAAAUCAAACUAAGCAUAAAGCUCUUUAGUAUGGACACUUGUUUCUUGCAAUACAAAAGAUUGUCUAAUGUAAAUAAGUGUUACAAAUGUCCUAUUUCUCUAUAAUUCCACAGAUUAUUUCAUGCAAUGUUUUAUUUUGUAUAUUUCUGUAACUUUAGUUGUCUGUACCAUGAAUUCACUUGUUAAACUUGCCAAAUAUGUUUUCUUUUAUGAAGCAUACAAAUGUAAAUAGUUUGUAUUACAUUUUGCAUGCAUGGAUUCCUUUGACCAAUCUUGAGACUGUAUAUAUAUUAUAAUGUACAGUAUGUUUCAUAAACUUUCAUGUUUAAGAAAUAAAUCUGUCUUUUUAGACAAUUGUC